CAUGACUGCUGCAGUACCUUAUCUUACCUAGCAUUAAAACACUCAUUCGAAACCCACGCUCUACUGCUGGAACAUAAUUCUCGAUCCACCUGUCCCCCCGAACACAGUUCAAUAUCAUGGAUGCGUCUCGCUUGCUUGCACUGCCGCGUGAGCUACGUGACCAGGUCUACGAACAUCUCCUACAUCCCUCCGCAAACCGGACAAGAUCCGAGGAAGAUGGUCGCAUCACAUACCACUGGGACCUUAAUAUCUAUCGAGUCAACCACCAAAUUCAUGAGGAAUCAAAGAGCGUAUUUCGAAGGUUGAAUUGCUUCAUCAAAAUUUACACCAUAUUCCCCGAGUCGGAUCGCUAUUUGUCCCAGGAGAACUAUGUUACGUUCAUCAGCUCAGGAAGACCUGCGGAGCUUUUUGCCGACCACCACUUAUCUAUCUACAUCGAAUCAUCUUAUACCUUUCAACAUGGCCUCUUUAAAUACCUUCUCCAUAUUGAUGACCUAGAGUGGUUCUCCCAAAUAUGGUUCUACUCAGCACUCGGAAGUCCUGGCAUAAAUCAACAUCUUGAGGUCACAGUAACGUUACAUAAUCCAUAUAGCACGAGUCUUUACGACAACCCGGUUCCAAAGAACCUGCAGAAGAGACUACUCGAGCCAUUCGGCAAAGUAAAACAGCUGCAAAGCAUCAGCUUCAAGGGCAACCCGUAUCCAUCGAUUGAGAAGGCUGUCCGCGAAGAGAUGGAAAUUCCAUACAUGACAGCGGAGAAAUGCCUCGAGGCCGCGGUCCAAUUUAAGGAGGAAGGCAACAUAGCUUUGAAAGCUAAUCGCCCCGAGGACGCGAUCGAAAGCUAUAUCAAAUCCUUUGAAGCAAUCCACAUCGUCAUCGUCAACAAACGAAGGAAAGAUUAUGCCGACAGGUUCUUUGGAGCUGCCCCAGAGCUGACGAGCGGUCCAUACAAAGGAAGAUUAGCCUAUACAGCAUGGCUCACGAUACGAAUCCAACUGGUAGCUAACGUUGUCUUUGCGUACUUGAAGCUCGAGAACUGGGAAAUGGCUUAUCACUGGGGAAACCGCUCGAUACAACUGAUGCGUGACACUGUCGGCACUGUAGAGAGCGAACCGUAUACUGGACUUCCCGGAGUACCUGUCUCAGACCAAUUAGGAAGGAUAUACUACCGUACGAGCGUCGCGGCGAAGCAGAUGGGAGACAAGACUGAAGCUCGAGCGCUCCUCCGAGUGGCGAUGAAGUACCUACCGAACGACAGGACAGUUGCAACAGAGCAUGCUUCGGUGGCUCUUAGGAUCUAGCUCAAUGAAUUGAACGUUCUACGUAGAUUUCGUUUUGAUUUCGCAUAGCAGAACGUCCAUCUCAGGACAUACGUAAGCUUCCCGUUCAUUUCACGUUCGUCAAUUCAAGUUUUCGGUUUUAAUCAACGUCAUUGAAGUCGCUAUAUACCGUAACGUAGGC